CCUCGUGACAAAAACUAUCCGAAGCCUUUUCGAGGAUCGGGAUGCUUCAUUAGCUAAAGAAAAAUAAAAGAGAAAUGAAUUACUCCGAAAUAGUGUUGGAACCUUGUUGACGGAGCGGAGUGUUGUGUCGUCGGCCAGUCAGUGUUGCUCCAAGCGCCGUCCAGGGAGGAGGUUCUCGACGCUCGCUCCCUCUCGACCCUUAAGCAUGGCCUCCCCCUACCUCUCGAAGUGAGAAAAAAAUAUUUAAAAAAAGAGAGGAAAGCGAGAGAGAGAGAAGAGAAAGAAAAGAACGAGGGGGAUGCUUGAGAAUAUGAGCGUGAGAGGCGUUUAAAGACAUUAUUAUUAGUGGUGAGAAGAUGUAAAGCACUUGUUGAUUUUUAUUGUUUAAGAAAAAAAACAACAACAGCAAAAGACUUUUUUUUAUAGAUGAUUUUUCGUCUUUUAUUCUUCAAGACUGUUGUUCCUGCCAGCGAGAAACAGCAGCCCAUUACCACUCCACUCUGUCUCCCCUUCUCUCCGCCACCCUCCGUGCCGCCACAAUGAGCAUGAGCAUGACGGACGAGGAGGAGCGCAUGUCGCCCGAUCUGGGAGCCAGCAUGGAUGCCGACCCCCUCCACCACCACCCCUCCCACUCGCCGUCCCCUGAGGAGCCCAGGGACCUCAGUGUCAAGCGGAAGAUGCGCCCUGUGCCACCCCCCUUAGACCUGAGCAAGCGCACACUGGAGCCAGAGGCAAUGAUCCCUGAGUUUGCGGCCAUCACCACUACCAGCCCCAAGUCUCCCCUCACGCAGAAAAGUCUCCCUCUCAGGAAAAGAACCAUCCCCUUCCACAGGGCGCACAGUUGGUCAUUCCAGCUGGAGGCCCAAGGGCUGCAGCUGCCAGCUGGGGCGACUCAAGGGGUCAUCAAGUCUACAGCGGAAAUUCGUGAGCACUCAACGGAAAUACCUUCCUCAUCCUCCUCUUCGUCAUCCUCAUCACUAAGGAUCCCGGGACUCCCCACUCCCCACACGCCACACACACCCCACCCCCACUCAGCCAUCCCGGUCAUCACCAGCAGGUUUCCCUUCAGUGAGGGGGGUUCCAAUGGCUCGUCCUUAGGGGCAGGAGGCAUGUCAGGGGGCAACCAGGGGCCCCUCAACCUUUCCACAGCCCCCCUUGGAGGGCUGCCCUCCUCCCUCCUGUCUCCAGCCCCCUCACACCCCUCUACCUCCUCCCUCAAUUCCUCCAGGGAGGAGCUGGAAAGUGAAGGCAUGAUGGCUGACUGCCAUGUGUCAUAUUCCCAUGCCCCCUCCCCCCACAUGCCCUCACCACACCAUGUCUCACCACACCUCCCCUCACCACACCUGCAUGGUGGUCCCUCAGGGCACCAACUUCAUGGGGGACUAGGGCCAGGGGACCGGAUGGGCCAUGGCUCCUCACCCUGCCCCUCAUCUGUAUCCCCCCAGCCCACGUCAGGGCACCAGUGGCCGACCAAUGUCUGGUCUGUGUUCAUGUCUGGCGUCCGUGUGCAUUUCGUCCUAGGCGGUGGAGGCCAGGUCACAAGCGCAAGGCUCAGUGAAGAGCUGGGUCAACUGGAGCGCACACAUCAGCAGCGCUACGCCCCCCAUGGCCUACACCUGAUGCGCAUUCUGCAUGAGGCACCCUCCACACACAUCCCCGGCCCCCCAAGCUACUGCCAGCUAUAUUUCAGACCAGUCAGGGUCCAGCAAGAGGACAUUAUGGUCAUCACCCCACCAGACCACCCCUUCUACGUCCAUGGGAAAGGUUGGUGCAGCGUGUUCCCUGAUCGAACAACAGAGAGAUACAGUCUCCCGUGCCAACAGUUGCAAGAGGGCGAUGUAUGUUUACCACCGUACCAUCCAGAGACAACACAGACCCCCAUCCCUGUUGUCACACCAGACCUGGCUGAUGCCAUGAAAAGGUUUGACUUUAACGACGACCUGGUGGAGGGAGGGCCGGGAGCCUACUCAGCCCCCCCCAGUGCCACCUUCCCCCCCCACACACACAGAACAGUCUUCCUCUCGCCACCAGCCUCGCCCUCCAAGAAGAAUCGGGACUGCCGCGGCGGAGGGGGAGGGGGAGGGGGAGCAAUGGGAGGAGCAGAAGGCGGAGGUGGCAGUCGCGCAAGAAGGCCCAUGAACGGAUUCAUGUUAUUUGCUAAGCAUCAUCGUCUCAAGCUCAUCCAGCAGUACCCUGGAAAAGACAACAGGGCUAUCUCUGUCCUCCUAGGCAGUAUGUGGAAAGCCUUGCCCGAGGAGGACCGCGAGACGUUUAAUGCGGAAGCCAGAGCACAAGCAGAAGAACGGAAAAGAAUUGACCCAGACUGCUGGAAGAGAAAACGCUCGCACUCCACCAGUUAAAAGGGUGAUGGCAGCAACAUAGCUGUUUUUGUAGGCUUCUAAUUUUAUUAUUAUUUUUUAUCAUUA